CAAGAACAUAAGUUAAUAAAUGUUGUAUGUAGGCAUUAAACAAAAUUAAAGUGCAUUUGUAUGGAAUUGGAAGUGGCAACACCGUUAAAACGGUGGGGAUACUACAAUAUAUCUCGCUAGUUUUACUUCUCCUGAUUUAACCUUCCUUUUAGUUCUUAUGUGAUUUGAAAAAAAUUGAGGCAAAAAAUAAUUAAAAUGUUUACAAGAGGAGUAUUAUCAUCAAGUAAAAGUUUUUCUUCCAUUCGUCUAAUCUACAAUGCAUGUCAACCAGAAUUAGAUGUUGAAUACAUUUGCAAUGCCAAAAACUUUGAUGAAAUAUCAAAAAAUAUCAAUGAUCGAAAAGGUAUUGGUGAUAUAAAUUUAGUUCAUGAGUACAAUAAAGAAUUAUCCAUUGCCCCACAAUCUGAAAAACAAAUUCAAGAAAAACUAUUGAAGGCAAUGUUAAGUCUACCAAAUAAAACACAUCCCAAUGCACAAUUUGAAGAACCAAAAGUUUUAAGAACUGUAGGCAAACCAAGACAAUUUGACUUUAAACCAAGGGAUUUUCAUGAAAUAACAAAGAGAAUGCAAUUGGCAAGAACUGACCAACUAGGCACCUUAACAGGCUCAAGAAGUUAUUACUUGUAUGGUGAUUUAGCAGCAUUGGAAACUGCACUAAUUAAGUUUUCACUAAAUACUUUACUGAAAAAUGGUUUUAAGCUGGUUUCAGUACCUGACAUUCUAGAUAGACGAAUUAUUGAGAGUUGUGGGAUGAAUACAGAAGGGGAAAGAACACAAGUUUAUUCAUUAGAUUAUGAAAAACAUGGAGGUGAUUUGUGUCUGUCAGGCACAUCUGAAAUGGCUCUAGCUGGAUACUUUAGUAACAAAGUAUUUCCUGCUGAUAAAUUACCAAUGAAAGUAGCUGCUGUGAGUCGUUGUUUCCGAGCGGAAGCUUCAAGUAUUGCCGAAGAACGAGGAAUAUUUAGAGUUCAUCAAUUUACCAAAGUGGAAAUGUUUGCACUGGUUGAACCAUCAAAAUCAGACGAAACUUUAGAAGAAUUUCGCCAACUAGAGGAAAAUAAUUUUGAAUCACUUGGUUUGCAUUAUAAAACAUUGGACAUGCCAGCCCAUGAACUCGGAGCACCGGCGUAUAGAAAAUAUGAUAUUGAAGCUUGGAUGCCAGGAAGGAAUAUGUAUGGUGAGAUAUCGAGUUGCAGUAAUUGCACGGAUUAUCAAUCGAGGCGUUUGGGCAUCAAGUACAAGGCAUCGGAUGGACAAACACGACACUUGCACACCAUCAAUGGGACAGCGUGCGCGGUACCAAGAAUGUUAAUAGCUAUAGUAGAGAAUUUUCAAAAUAAUAAUGGUACAAUUGAAAUUCCUAAGGUUUUACAAAAGUAUUUUGGUGGUAGUAAUAAGAUACUAAAACAGAAAGGAAUACCAGAGUUAAAACUUGUGAAAAAUAAGAAAUAAAUGAUUUGUUACCAAAAUAUGUAGCGUAUUAUGAAGUAAACAUUGAAAAUUGAAA